AUGAUUGAAAAAUUACCAUCUGAAAUUUUGCGACAUGUUUUCAAAAUUAUUUACGAAGAUGGUAGUAUAAAUCGUGCUGAAAUGCUAGAAGAUCUUUAUACUUGCAUUCAAAUCAAUAAACGUUGGUGUAAAAUAGCAAUGCCUAUUCUUUGGUCUAAUAUUAUUCAAUCUGCAAGUGUCAUUAACACUUACAUGUGUUUCUUUACUUCCGAGGAACGUAAAGAAUUAAGUACAAAGGGUGUUCCAUUUAUUAAUAUUCCUCAUAAAACACUUAUGACCUUUUGUUAUCCUUCUUUCUUACGAGUUUUAAAUUUACAAGAAUUUACUUCAGCCAUUUUUAGUUGGUGUCUUCAUGAAUGUCCUCAACCAAUUUCAAUUCCUUAUAAUGCUUUAUUAAGAGGUUUACUUAAUAUUUUAGCUAGGCAUUGUAAAACCUUACAACAACUUUAUCUGGAUAGAAGAUAUUAUUUAGAUAAUAUGCAUCACGAAUUAUGGUUAAUAUUACAAGAUCCAAUUACAAGAAUGUUAAUUUCAUCUGUUAGAAAACUUCGACUUGAUGUUAGAAAAAUUAUUAGUGAAGAAUGUUCAAAAUUAUUAAGUGAAUAUGUUCGAAAUGUGAAAGUUCUUAUAGUAGACAUGACAAUAAUGGGAUCAUAUUGGAGUUGGGAUAUUCGAAUUGCUCAAUUAAUUUCCUCACAGAAAUGUUUGACAUCGUUUACCAUGAAAGGAGGAAAAUGUACAAAAAUCAUAAUUUCUGCUUUGGAACAACAUUCUAAAACAUUGAAAAUGAUUUUCUUUCGUCGAAUUGAUUUUUCAGAUUGUGAUUCAAUUAAUUCAUUAAGAUAUGAUUGCGAAAAUUUAGAAGUUUUAAUUAUUAAUAAUUGUAAAAAUUUAUCGGAAAAGAUACGUGAAGAAAUAAGUAUAGCUUAUUUUCCUAAAUUAGUUGAACUUGAUGUGGAAGGAACGGGCGGAACUGAUAAUUGUGGUCAAAUAUUAGUGUCGAAAGGAAGAAAUAGUGUGAAUAGAAGAGAAAAUUUGAAAAUUAAUUUUUAUUAA